UUUUGAAAUCCAAUGAGUCAGUGUGUAACGUCAAAUAUUUUAUUUAGAUUUUAAUAAAACUUUGAGUAUGUCUAGAAUAAUAAUGAAUAGAUGAAAUGGCUUCUUUAACUAAAAGGUUUGCGUUGCAAAAGAAAACUGAAGCUGAUGGGCUUAAACAUAAAUGUCAAAAAUGUCUGCAAUAUGGUCAUUGGACAUACGAAUGUCAAAACAAAAGGAAAUACGUUCAAAGAGAAUCGCGCACUAAGUUACUUGCGAAAAAAAUAAAAGCAUUGGCACAAGAAAAGCAAAUAGCAGAUAAGGAAAUAACAAAACAGGUUGAGUCGAACGCUGAUGCUGAUGAUGAGAAUGUAACGGAAUCGGAUGAUUCGUCAAGUAGUUCUUCGUCUUCGUCAUCUGAUUCAUCUUCUGAUAGCGAAGAAGAGCCUUCUAACUCAAAGAAGAUGAAAAAAGAUUGUUAAUGUUAAAACAAACCUUUUUUAUUUAAUUUUUAUUUAAAUGAAAA